AUGGCGUUUUUUCGAGCUCCUGAAGUCGAGUUAGCUGGAAAGGGAUGGAAAGUCUCGCGAAGUCCGAAGCUCUCGAGCUCGAAGAUCGGAGGACUUGCAGGGCUUGAAAAUCGUUUCACCCGACAGGAAUUAGUGGAGUUGGACAGUGUUAAACCUUUGCUGGACGCAUCUGGGACAGAGAACCUUGCUGCAGUCACUGCUGCAGUUAGUCAUAGAAAAGCUGGACAGAGUAUCACAUUGAAGGGUGUUCCUACUGAACUCACUUUAACGCUGCCCGAAGAUAUUACCUUGAAGAAGUAUUCUAGUUCCCGUGGAAUUCUUCCAAGUACAAUGUUAGCAGGGAAUUCUCGCAAUGCCAGAUCUCAAGCGCUCCUGGAAUGGACCUACAAGAAUGAUGGUCCGUCUAUUUGGGGGAAACCAAUUGCCCAGGGGGAUUGGAAGGCGUGUGCGUCUGGAAAAGAGCAAUCACCAAUUAACAUUGUAUUGUCAAAUGUCAAGAGUGGUACAGAUAUGGCCCCACUUGAAUGGAAAUGCGAUGGCAAGCCAUGCCAGGGGGAUCAGAAUGUUACCGUAUCAACGAGCAAGGCCAAGAUAGCAUACGAUGGCCAUUUCCUCGAGUUGACAGAUUUUGCGGACGACAAGAAUCCAUCGAUGAAAAUCGAUGAUGUAGAGUACAAAUUGACUGCCAUUGAUUUCCAUACGCCAUCCGAGCAUGCAAUUGAUGGAGAGUUCUACGAUAUGGAAGUGCAGUUGAAGCAUGUUUCUGAUGACAACAAAACAAUGAUUGUAUCGGUUCUUUUCAAGCAGGAAGCGGUGAUGAGAGCCCGAUGUGGCUCAGCGACAUCGCUGAUCUUCAAGGCAGUCGCAACUUCCAUUUCUCUGGAACACUUCUACAGGUAUACGGGUUCGCUCACUUCUCCUCCAUGCACUGAAGGGGUUAUGUGGAACAUUCUGAAGUUCCCAAUGGAUAUGUCCCAGGAUGAUUGGACAGUGAUUGCAGCGCUCCAGGGCAAGAACAACAGACCUAGGCAAAGCAUUCAUGAUAGGCUAGUGUACGUACAGUAA